CUCCUCAAAAUUCUCCAACCUUUGCUUCUUCUUCCAUCUUUCUUCAACCUCUUUCCUUCUUCUUCAACGUGGACGUGUGUCUGCAAUAAACAUAUAUAUUCCUCCAUCGAUCUCCUUUUCCUCAGAACGUUUACUGCUUUGUUAAACUUUCAAGAAUUUCCUCAUCUUUAUCGUUCUUGGUUAGACAUACAAAUACAGAUAUGCUGGAAGAAGUAGGUGUAGUUGUGAACCAAGGAGGAGAUCAUGAGGCGGUAGAUUUGCCUCCGGGGUUUCGGUUUCAUCCAACUGAUGAAGAGAUCAUAACUCAUUACCUUAAAGAGAAAGUCUUCAACGUCCAGUUCACCGCGGCUGCAAUUGGUCAAGUCGACCUUAACAAGAACGAGCCUUGGGAUCUACCAAAAAUUGCAAAGAUGGGGGAGAAGGAGUUUUACUUCUUUUGCCAGAGGGAUAGGAAGUACCCAACCGGCAUGAGGACGAACCGUGCAACCCUGUCCGGUUACUGGAAGGCGACCGGGAAGGACAAGGAGAUCUUUAGAGGCAAAGGUUGUAUUGUUGGGAUGAAGAAAACACUUGUGUUCUAUAGAGGAAGAGCUCCAAAAGGUGAAAAGACCAAUUGGGUAAUGCAUGAGUAUCGUCUUGAUGGCAAAUAUUCUUAUCAGAAUCUCCCUAGAUCCGCAAGGGAUGAAUGGGUGGUGUGUAGGGUUUUCCACAAGAACGCUCCUCCUAUUAAUACUACUACAACUACUUCUAAUCAACUCAUAGGGAGUGAAUCUCUUGACAACAUUGAUCAUCUCUUAGACUUCUCAGCUCUCCCGCCUCUCAUCGAUCCAGGUUUCUUGGUUCAACCCGGUCCAAGCUUCUCAGUUGCCGGCCAGCAAAACAACCUCAACCCCAUCCUCCAUCACUCUACAACCGUAGCGAUCAAUAGCACAUACUUCCCUGCCAAAACCGUCAACUACACUUACCACUCGGACCCAAAUUGCGGAUCCGGUUUCGGUUACGGGACGGGUUCAGGUAAUAAUAACAACGGUAUCAAGUUCGAGCAUUCUCUUAUGAGUGUGUCUCAAGAAACCGGUUUAAGUUCCGACAUGAACACAACCACUUCACCAGAGAUAUGUAACGAGAUGUCGAAUGAUGAUGACGACUUGGGGAUCUUUUGGGACGACUACAAACUAAUUUGAAGGUUAUUAUCAUUUGUGAAUCUGUGAGAGUGCCAUUGAUUACUUUGUUAGUGAUUUUAAUCAUGUAAUUAAUUUGUGUAUGAGUUAUUCUUGGGUUCACCCCCUAGGGUGAACCUCAAGGUUCACCAACCAAUAGUAUUUGAGUAUAUGAUAUUUGACAUCUUUUAAAAAAGGAAAAAAAUUAAUUUCUAAACUAUAUUGUAUUUUAAAAAUAAAAAAUAUAUAUACAUAAAAAAUAGUAAUAGUUACAAAAAUAAAUAAAUUAAUAUUAUUAAGCUUUUAGUAAAAUAUUAAACCCUAUACCCUAAAUCCUAAACC